CCCGUUUGAAGAAGAGCAAAGACAGCCUCAUUUCCUCGUCGGAAUCGGGAUUCAUAAGUUUUAAUAUGGCCUUCGUUCAUUUAGUGUCAAUUUUGUUAAUCAUUCAGAUAGUUUCUAUCCGGAGUCAAGACGUUUUUGCGAAUCUUCAGAUAAAAGAAAGUUCGGCAUCGUGUUUCGGUUUAGAAAACGACCAUACGCGAUGGAUGCGGUCUACCUGUUCGUCCCAAGACCUCGUCAUUCUCAUAGAAUCCUUCACCGUCGUUUUCCACCCCGUUGUCAUGAACUGUACCAACAACACCGUCAUUUUUGAAGAAUAUUGGCAAUCCUGUUGUUUGAAAGAGAGUGUGAACAGCUCAAGGGAUUGUACAGUUACACACCAGUUCGACACGAAAUAUUCCGUCGCCAAUUAUCAGACUUGUAAUGGGCAUUCUUCUUGUAAUGUCAUGGUCCCACAAGUGCUGGUGCCGAGCUCUAAAUGCCCAUAUGAUAAAUACGAGCCGAAACCGUAUGAUAUUGUCUCAAACUUUAUGUAUAUGAAUUACUACUGUCUUGAAAAGUCCCUCAGUUUACCGGACAGCACUGGAAGCCUAACGACACCUUCGCCGGGCAAUGAUAUCUACCUCCAGAGUCCUGGGUUUAGUAGUAACAAUCAGAGAAUUCCGUAUAUGGCAGACAGCGAAUGUUCGAUCCAAACAGACAACUGCAGUUCAGGGAUAUAUGUUUACAUUCUUCAUUUGGUCUUAGAAGACAGUAACACUGAACAGUGGGAUAAUAUCCCUUGCAACCAGACGUUGAAAAUAGAAACUUCUAGAGGAGAUGUGCUUAAAGAAUGGACGUGUGCGGACAAUACCAACCUUAAAAAGGAACCACUCACAAUAAAUGCAAACUACAUUCUUCUUAAACUUGAUAACAAUUAUACAAGUCCGAGCGUUUGGGAUCAAAGCCGCGGGGGAGCGUAUUGGUUAGGAUUCAAAUCUUUAGUGACAACAGGAAAUAUAAGAAUCGACUGCCCUGCAAUCGAACCACCUGUCUGUAUUGAUACAACGACCACAGUUACCACUUCAUUAACUGACAUGUCUUCUACAAUUCCAACGACAUCUACUCGGGAAGCCAGUCCGACUACAACAGGUACAAACACUACGGUUUCUGACACGUCUUCUUCAAUUUCAACGACAUCAACGCGGGAAACCAGCCCGAUGGCAACAGACCCAAACCCCCUACCUCCAAAUGCCAAUUCAGAGACCACAACAACUACUCCAAUUGUAGCUGUAACUGCUCCUCGGCAAGCGAUUCCAGCGGCCGCGGUUAUUGCACUUCCGAGUGGGCUUUCGAUUUUAAUCAUUGUCAUCGUUGUUGUCAUCGUUGUUGUUGUAGCGCGCUUCGUACGACGAAGAAAAAAUGAAAAUUCGGGACUGAAUCAGAUAUUUCAGUCGGAAGAUUCCACGUAUGCGCAAAUACAUUUGAGUAUGAGCGUAAACUCCUACAUCGUCGCUAGGUGUGCAAGGGACGGUAGGGAUGACGUUUCAUCUGAUGACAAGAAUAGCAAGAAUCUCAGACCUUCGGCCGUCCCGAAAGAUCAGAAAGAUCAUGUUUACGACAACAAUCGAGGAGACAUUGGUGUCAAACACACAUAAUGGCCGAUCCUGAUAAACUCAGACCAUGGAAUCGAGGUGACCGUGGUGCCAAAAAAGCCGAGAGAUUUGACCGAUGCAAAUUCAAGAAAUGGAUCGAUGUAUUUUCCAAUUUGGGUAGCGCUCGCUAUGCCUUUUUAUGUUUGAAUUUGUUUUCGUUCAGCGUAUAUAAUUAACAGAUUGAAUUGUAUUAUUGUUAGUAAUCGAAAGGUUUAAGAUUUAACAAAUGGCUGUUUCUUUCAUUAUUUCACUUAAGUUUUAAUCACAAACAUGUUGUUUCUGUUUGUACAUAAACAUGUACGUAAAGAACACAAAUGUGAUACAGUGUAUUAAAGGGGUUCAAACAGAAAUUGACCUUGUAAUUCAAUUUGCUUUGGCGAAAUUUUGAAGAAUAUCAAUUUUCUACCACCAGGAUAUCUCCUUACAAAGAAAUAUAUCUGUCAACCAACCGGCGCCGUAUUUUAGUCUAUGUAUUCUCGGUUCGCUCUUUACAAUUAUUAAUUAAAUGUAACUGUUAUAAUAGUUUUUUGACGUACUGUACACUGUAAUAAUAAAAAGGAUAAACUCGUGAUUAUUUUAUGGUAAUAUAUUUUCGAUAAUUUCCCAAUUAAAGACAUGCAUAAGUAACAAAAACAACGCGGAGAAUCUGGGUUUGAUUAUUUCGUUUGAUUUGCUAGUACAUGUCCCUUUUCUGCCGGUCCGGACCUCGACAAAAAUAUAAUAACGCUGACGUGGCGGAGGUCCUCGGCCAUUUUAGUCGAAAACAACAUCGGAUAUAUAUGGACGGUUUACAUACUCAGAAAUUAGUAUGUUUAAGUCCACAGCAAGUAGAUCUCGUUGUUAUUUAAUUUAGCAGUUAAACUUAAUGAAUUUAAGACUCUUUGGAAUCCUAGUUCUGUCUGCAAUAAUACACUUCAUUGGUAAUUAAUUUAAAAUUAGAUCAAUAAAUACAAGCUAAAAACUCUAAAUUUAAUCAAUGAUCUAAUUUAAAAAAAUCCAACUACUUCUACUGAUGUACCGGCAUACAUGCGAGGAUGUUAUCGAUAAAAAUGGCGGAAGAUUCCGAAUGCAUAAAACUGGUAAGUGCUGCUUGCAAUUUUCACUACGACAUUUUUUCGCAAGUAAAUAUUAUUAGAUUUGUUCAAUAAAACGCAUGAAAGGCACAUUCAAAUUAUCAAAUGGUGAAAAUGUGUUCGGUAUAAGAAAUAUAACAGACCACUUCGGGCCAUAUGGCAUUAUAAGGACCUGCCAGUCAGCCCCCAAAUACAUCUUGGGGGGGCGGACUGGCCGGUCCUUAUAAUGUCAUAUGACCCUCAGUGGUGUGUAAUAUUUCUUAAAUAACAAAAUGUUUGUAUGCAUCAGAUCAUUUUGUAUAUAUAUGUUAGUAGUUACUUUACACAUAUUUUGUCAGAACGUUUCCACAUACUCAUGUUGAUCAGUUUUCACAUUGAUGACAGUUAACGACACUGUAAAAUAGUAUUAUUUAAAAUUUGGAAGCACAUUGAAUAUGUUUCUUAGUUUUUAUAUAUGGAAUGUUUCUAAGAAAUGAAGGUCAUUUUGGUUAAUUUUGGCAUUUCAUUGACAGUUUUGUGAUCAGAUUAAUUGUGCCCCAUUUUCUUUCUUGAAAUUCGUUAACAUUGUAAGAUAAUUUCAAUUGUUUUCGACCGUAUUGUUGCGUAUAUAAACAGUCUGUGCUUGCUCAUUACAAUGUAUUAGAUGAGUUUAAUCGUUUGAUCUUUUGUAGUUUUUUUAUAGUUAUUAAACGUGUUUUUUGAUUGAAAUUUUCUUUUUGAUAAUUCCCCAAUUAAAGAAAAAUAACAGUAUCGAUACGUUCAAACCCAAUCGCCGAGCGUAGCCGCAGAAAAGACCAUUGUCGUAUCAUGCCAAUAGCCAUAUCUAAAAUUAAUAAAAACUCUUUUUUUUUAUUAAAUCCAGAUUUUAAGCAAUGUAACAUGAUUUUGAUCGUCAACACGUAAUUUGCUUGGCGAAAGGGACUAAAACAAAGG